UCGUAGACGUAGGACCUCUCCGUAUCUCCCAAACAUGUCUGCCCUCGGAAGCGGGGAAGCCGGUUUUGGCCCUGGUCAUAGGAUGUGGAUCUUAACUGCAGUACUCCUGGCUGGGGUGUCUGUGGCCACAGUCAGCGGCGAUUCAAAAGCCGUGACGACAACGCUCACCACAAAAUGGCCGUCCACCCCUCUUCUCCUGGAGGCCAGCGAGUUCUUUGCAGAGGAGAGCCAGGAGAAGUUCUGGGAUUUCGUGAAUCUCAACCAGGAGAUUGGAAUGGAUCACGAUGACACGGAUCUGUCCUACUACCAUCUGAUCCUGAAGAGGGCCAGCCAGCUCCUGAGCCCCGUGCAGCUCAACCUGCUCAAGUUCGCCCUGUCCCUGAGGGCCUACUCCGCCACCGUGCACUCCUUCCAGCAGAUCGCGUCCAAUGAGCCGCCCCCCGCGGGCUGUACCGCUUUCUUCACCGUGCAUGGGGAGAGGUCCUGCAGCGCGGAGAGCCUGAAGGGCCUGCUGGAGAAGGCCUCCGAGAGGCCAAAGCCCUACCUGUUCAAAGGAGAUCACAAGUUUCCCGGCUCGAACCCGGACGCCCCGGUCGUAAUCCUGUACGCCGAGGUGGGCAGCAGGGACUUCCCCAAGCUGCACCAGCUGAUGCUGUCCAAAGCCAACAAGGGGGAGGUCACCUACGUCCUGCGCCACUACCUUGCGAAUCCCAGCAGUAGCAAGGUGUACCUGUCGGGGUACGGGGUGGAGCUGGCCAUCAAAAGCCAGGAGUACAAGGCCAAGGAUGACACCCAGGUCCAAGGCGCUGAUGUGAAUGCGACCGUGAUUGGAGAGAAUGACCCAGUGGACGAGGUGCAGGGCUUUCUCUUUGGGAAGCUGAAGACCCUGUACCCGGAGCUGAAGGAGCAGCUCAAAGAGCUGCGGAAACACCUGGUGGAGAGCACCAAUGAGAUGGCUCCGCUCAAGGUGUGGCAGAUGCAAGACCUGAGCUUCCAGACUGCCGCGCGCAUCCUGGCCGCCCCUUCGGUAGACGCCCUCACGGUCAUGAGGGACCUGAGCCAGAACUUCCCUACCAAGGCCAGGUCCAUAACAAGGACUGUGGUGAACUCGGAGAUUCGGAAGGAGAUUGAGGAAAACCAGAAAUUCUUCAAGGGGACUUUGGGCCUGCAGCCAGGAGACUCGGCCCUCUUCAUCAACGGACUGCAUGUCGACCUGGACGUACAGGAUAUCUUUAGCGUGUUCGACAUCCUGAGGAACGAGGCGCGGGUGAUGGAGGGCCUCCGCAGCCUGCUCAUCGAGACGCCCUUCAUCCACGACAUCCUCAAGCUCAACGUGCAGCCGUCCGACUCGGACUACGCCGUAGACAUCCGCAGCCCCGCCAUCAACUGGAUCAACAACCUGGAGACGGACGGCCGCUACGCCUCCUGGCCCUCCAACGUGCAGGAGCUGCUGCGCCCCACCUUCCCGGGCGUCAUCCGCCAGAUCCGCAAGAACUUCCACAACUUUGUGGUCAUCGUGGACCCCACCCAUGAGAACACUGCAGAGCUGCUGAGUGUGGCAGAGAUGUUCUUCAGCAACAACAUUCCGCUCAGGAUCGGCGUGGUGUUUGUCGUCUCCGACGCCGAGGACGUGGACGGGAAAGACGACGCCGGCGUGGCCCUGCUGCGCGCUUUCAACUACAUGGCCGAUGAGGUGGACAACCAGCACGCCUUCGAUGGCAUCAUUUCGAUGUUCAACAGGGUCCCGAGCGGGGGCAAGCUGAAGGUGGAGCACGUGGUGGGCGUCCUGGAGAAGAGGUACCCUUACGUGGAAGUCAGCAGCAUUCUGGGAUCUGACUCGGCCUACGACAAAAACAGGAAGGAGGGGAGGGCUUACUACGAGCAGACCGGGGUGGGGCCUCUGCCCGUGGUGCUGUACAACGGCAUGCCGUACCAGAAGGAGCAGCUGGACCCGGACGAGCUGGAGACCGUCACCAUGCACAAGAUCCUGGACACCACCAGCUUCUUCCAGCGCGCUGUCUACCUGGGUGAGCUGACCAGCGACCAGGACGUGGUGGACUUCAUCAUGAACCAGCCCAACGUGGUGCCCCGAAUCAACUCCCGCAUCCUGGCCACCAGCAGACAAUACCUGGACCUGUCCAGCACAAGCAAUCACUUCGUCGACGACUACGCCCGCUUCCUCUUCCUGGACAGCAAAGAGAAGAGCACAGCCGUCGCCAACAGCAUGAACUACAUGACAAAGAAAGGAAUGGCCACCAGGGACAGCAUUGAUGACAGCUACAUCCGUCCCGUGACGUUCUGGGUCGUGGGAGAUUUCGACCAUCCGUCUGGGCGACAGCUGCUGUAUGACUCAAUAAGACACAUGAAAACCAGUAAUAAUGUCCGCCUUGGCAUGAUCAACAAUCCGAGCGAGGCCCCCUCGAACGACACCAGCCGCAUCGCGCGUGCCAUCUGGUCGGCCAUGCAGACCCAGACUGCCAACAACGCCAAGAACUUCAUCACCAAAAUGGCCAAGGAGGAGACGGCCCGGGCCCUGGCCUCGGGGGCCGACAUCGCUGAAUUCGCCGUCGGGGGCAUGGACGUCCCGCUGUUCAAGAGCGCGUACGAUUCCCCCAAGGUGGACUUCCUGCUCUCCCACGCCGCCUUCUGCCGCGACGUGCUGAAGCUGAAGAAGGGCCAGAGGGCGGUCAUCAGCAACGGCCGGAUCAUUGGUCCACUGGAGGAAGGGGAGGUCUUCAACCAGGAUGACUUCCUGCUUCUGGAGAGCAUCAUCCUAAAGACGUCUGGCGAGCGAAUCCGGAGCAAGGUCCAGCAGCUGGGUGUGGAGGAAGACCGGGCCAGCGAUCUGGUGAUGAAGGUCGACGCUCUGCUGUCCUCUCAGCCCAAGGGGGAAGCCAGGAUCGAGUACGCCUUCUUCGAGGACAGAUACAGCGCCGUGAAGAUCAGGCCCACUGAGGGCGAGGUGUACUUCGACGUGGUGGCCGUGGUGGACCCCGUGACCCGGGACGCCCAGAAGCUGGCCCCCCUCCUUCUGGUCCUGAAGAAGCUGGUGAACGUCAACCUGCGGGUCUUUAUGAACUGCCAGUCCAAGCUGUCCGACCUGCCUCUGAAAAGCUUCUACCGCUACGUGCUGGAGCCAGAGAUCACCUUCAUGGCGGAUAACAGCUUCGCCCUGGGACCUGUGGCCAAGUUCCUGGACAUGCCCCACUCCCCCCUGUUCACCCUCAACCUCAACACCCCCGAGAGCUGGAUGGUGGAGUCCGUGCGGACCCGCUACGACCUGGACAACAUCUACCUGGAGGAGGUGGAGAGCAUUGUGGCGGCGGAGUACGAGCUGGAGUACCUGCUCCUGGAGGGUCACUGCUUCGACGUGACGACGGGGCAGCCCCCGCGGGGCCUGCAGUUCACCCUGGGCACCCCCUCCGACCCCGUCAUCGUGGACACCAUCGUCAUGGCGAACCUGGGCUACUUCCAGCUGAAGGCCAACCCCGGUGCCUGGAUCCUCAAACUGCGCAAGGGCCGCUCAGACGACAUCUACAAGAUCUACAGCCACGAAGGAACGGACUCGCCGACCGAAGCCGACGAUGUCAUCCUGGUCCUGAACAACUUCAAGAGCAAGAUCAUCAAAGUCAAGGUUCAGAAAAAGCCAGACAAAAUGAACGAGGAGCUGCUUAGCGACGGCACCCAUGAGAAUGACUCGGGAUUCUGGGAGUCGCUGACCAGAGGCUUCACCGGGGGGACAAAGACAGAGGAGACCAAGCAGGAGAAGGAUGAUGUCAUCAACAUCUUCUCUGUGGCCUCGGGGCACCUGUAUGAGAGGUUCCUCAGGAUAAUGAUGCUGUCAGUGUUGAAGCACACAAAAACACCCGUGAAGUUCUGGUUUCUGAAGAAUUACCUGUCCCCAACAUUCAAGGAGUUCAUCCCCUACAUGGCGGCGGAGUACGGCUUCCAGUACGAGCUGGUCCAGUACAAGUGGCCGCGCUGGCUGCACCAGCAGACCGAGAAGCAGAGGAUCAUCUGGGGCUACAAGAUCCUCUUCCUGGACGUGCUCUUCCCCCUGGCCGUGGACAAGUUCCUCUUCGUCGACGCAGACCAGAUCGUCCGCACAGACCUGAAGGAACUACGCGAUUUCGACCUGGAGGGGGCGCCCUACGGCUAUACCCCAUUCUGCGACAGCCGCAGGGAGAUGGACGGGUACCGCUUUUGGAAGUCGGGGUACUGGGCCAGCCACCUCGCGGGCCGCAAGUACCACAUCAGUGCGCUUUACGUGGUGGACCUGAAGAAGUUCCGCAAGAUAGCAGCUGGAGACCGGCUGAGGGGGCAGUACCAGGGCCUGAGCCAGGACCCCAACAGCCUGUCCAACCUGGACCAGGAUCUGCCCAACAACAUGAUCCACCAGGUGCCCAUAAAGUCCCUCCCCCAGGAGUGGCUCUGGUGUGAGACCUGGUGUGACGACACAUCCAAGAAGAAGGCCAAAACCAUCGAUCUGUGUAAUAACCCGCAGACCAAAGAGCCUAAGCUGCAGGCAGCCGUGCGCAUCGUGGCCGAGUGGUCCGACUACGACCAGGAGAUCAAGAGGAUCUACAACAAGUUCCUAGAGGAGAAGGAGAAGGGCGCGGUCUCCGACAGCAACAAGACGACACAAGGGGACAGGACAGAUACUGUUAAACACUCAGAGCUGUGAGCUGCAGCCCUCCAGGAGAAGAUAACAUUCAGCUCUGUUUAAAGAGUUUAUUUUUCGGGUUUUUUUUUUUUUUUUUUUUUAAAAAGGAGUCCCUUUUCCUGGAGCCCAGCCGACAGACCUGCUGAAAGACUUGACACAAUGCUGAAUGCAGAUUCCACUUUUCUAUGUGAGGGUGAGGGAGGGGGUAUGGGAGGGGCAGUGGGAGGGCUAAGGGGAGGGGCAUGGGCGGGGGGUGGUGCUGGUGCUGGUGGUAGUGGGGUUGGGUCAGCUUUAAGGCCGGAUAAAAUCAGAUGGAAAAAGGACCUCUCUCCAGUCGUCUCCCUUGUCGAAGGCACUCCAGUUCAUAUAACAGUGUGAUCCACAGUCCUGACAAAGUCCACACACAGUUGCCUGUUAGCAUGCUGAGCUUCAUAAUGGGAGCCGUCUAGCAGGGCAAGACAUUUAAAUGGAGCUGUGUGUAAAAAUUCUAAAGUGCAGUUUGAAGAAUGUGCCUCAUGUUUAGUAAAAUCUCUUUUCUGUGUCCUUACUGGGGCCAAAAGGAGUCCUGGUUCAAACAAAUAUUCAGUAACCCCCACCCCACCCCCAGUUUCCAAAUUUUGGGGUCGUGCUGAUAUUCACCUCCCACUCAGGUUGCAUGCUAUCAGUCUGCAAUUGGUUACAGAAACAGUCACUUUUAUGAAUGUAAAAUGAACUCCCCCCUUAAGUAUUUUCCAUGAUUUUGUUCGAGCUGCGGAACGGGACACAUAUGCUGGAGGUUUGACCCCGUUUUCCCUCGGGGGAACCCCGCCCUUCGGAUCAAACGGUGUAUGUCUCAGGGAGGAAGGUCAAAUGGCGAAUUCAAUGCUAAAGCCAAAAAUUCAGGGGAUUUCACUUAAGGUCCGCACUGAGGGCGCAUGCUUGCAUUAAACCAACGGCUUCAGUCCAUCCAGCUGCACUUAAAAUCCGUCCUUCGGUUGAUUGCGCACAGGCUUGAUGUCAUAUUUUUGGGUCGGCAUAGCUUGAGUCAGUGUUUGGACGACAGCCGCAUGAAUCGGUAGUUGAUAUGGAAUGUAUCUAAAGUGCUAGCAGUUUUUUGGUAAGUUAAAGAAUUCCAGUGAUUGAAUAUUUAGCAGCUGAGACUGAUUUUUCAAUAUGAAGUGUAUGGGUUGAUGUCUUGGCCGUAUAUAGAAUCUUUAUCAAACAGAAUCUAGAAUGUAAUGAAACAGAGGUCCAUGGCUGUGUAGCGAAUCAAAGAAAGAAACACCAUUGUGAUGUCAUCCAGGCCCACCCACACUUUAGGGUACAGCGUCAUAUCGGUAUGGCUCUUGUGUUUCUGUGUUUUCGGUCAUUUGAGCAGUCGUUUGAUCAUUUAAAACAGUGAAAUAACAUUGUCUAAACGUAUCGCCUGUGGCUAUUUUUUUUUUUUUCCCUCCUCCUUUCAGAGUAAACGGUCAUGCCUAAUCAUGAAAUGUGAAUUAUGCAGGAUUGCCUACUGUCAGUCUGACUUGAUUUUUCAACCAUAUUUUUUGCAAUGGCUGUAUUGAAUCUUGGAGUCUCUCUUUGUAGUAGCCUGGUGGCGGACAUGGCGCUCAUGCAGACACAAACCAUAGUCCGAAUGUAAUGAAGCACUUGACAGCCCUCAGUAAGGCUUCACAGGCCUUUCCUAGCAAGGGUUAAAGAUGUCUCCACCUGUGGUCAGUUAUUGUUUUUCCCAGUCGUACUUUUUAUUGAAUAAAUAUGAUAUAUUUUCUGAGAUCAUUGAAUGGCCUUAGUCAUCCAUGGAUUUUUGGCUUGAUGUACUGUUAACUGUGGAAUAUCAAUAUUUUUAAUUAAAAACA